AUGACCUCCACAAUCAAUCCUUCUCCUAUACCUCUCUCCCCCAUGAGACAUGAGUAUCCAGGCGCCUCAUGCGCUAAUUUGUCAGCCUCGAACCUGGUACUCGGCCAUGAAAAGACCAACUUUUUGGCCUGGCGUAACAAUGUCUCACAACAGCCUCAAGAGGCAUACCCUUCUCCACCCACAUCCCAUGAAGCGGUUUUGCAAGAGCUGCCACCCAUGGACACCUUGUGUCUUCCCCCAUUCUGGGAGACACGCUAUGAUAGCGAUAUCACUAUUCGCCUUAUCAGUGCGAGACAAUCAGAGCGUCGGGCAGAGUCUCGACUUAUCCGAAGUCGCCUACGCCGUGUGAUGAUCGAACAAGAGCUCUAUAGUAGUAUGGAUAAGCGUACUGCUCAGAGGCUUCACAAAGCUAACAUCAGCCUUGGUAUUGCUCGCGGUGUGCUUCGUUCGUCUGGCUUGACACCCGCGGGCAACACUUAUGAGGGAGAUAGUGACGCCUCGAGUGUGUUGCAUGAGUCAGACCCAGAGUCAGACCUAGAGCCAUCCUCUUGA